GGGAAGCCAAAGCGUCAAACUAAAAAAAACACUAUCUUCUGUCAACUCCAGCAAUGGCAGGUGAUCUUGCAAUGGAAGAAAGAGAGGAGUUGAUGGUUUCUCCAACCGGCGGCAAUGUUUCUCUCAAGACAGCCCAUUUUCUCGUACCCUCUGUCACCUCCAUCGACGGCCCUGUCGUGGCCCCUUCACUCGACUCUUUCAGUUCAGCCGCCACUACAUACAAGGAUUUACUCCUUAAGGUAAACUAUCUUGGGUGGAAACACCCAACGGAAAUAUGGACGACAUGGGUCGAUAAGAUGCACUCUUUACAUCAUUCGACCUGGAAAAGAGCUGGCAUUUUUUAUGCCAUCAUGAAUUCCACCUUCACCAUUCACCGAUACGACGAUCUGAUUUUCUUGUUCGUGGAGAAAUGGUGUCCCGCGACUAACUCCUUCGUGUUCCCCUGGGGAGAAGCCACUAUAACGUUGGAAGAUAUGAUGGUGCUUGGGGGUUAUUCUGUUUCGGGGGAAUCAGUUUUUAGUCCUCCCGGAGACAGAGAAACGGAAGAAAUAGAAAAUAAAUUACAGAAUGCGCGAUCGAGAAUUUGCAGAAGCAAGGCAAAGAAAGCUGACCAGGGGAGACGGAUCACCAAAUUCAUGGACAGUCAAAGUGAAAUUAAGCACGAAGCAUUUCUUGCUUAUUGGCUUUCCAGAUUUGUCUUUCCUUUUUGGCCGGGCACAAUAGGCAGGAGUGUAAUUUCCAUUGCGGUUCACCUGGCGAGAGGGAAGAAAAUUGCGCUUGCGCCCGCUGUUCUUGCCUCCAUUUACAAGAGCUUGACUUUGCUGAAAGCGGCUCUUAAUGCUGCAAGAAAAUCUGGAACACAGGAAUGCAAGAAUGGUGUUCUUGAAGUUAGCAUUUUGGCCCCAUUAGCAGUUCUUCAGGUUUGGAUAUGGGAAAGAUUUCCAUCACUGCGGCCAAAGCCCAAUCCUGUAGCACCAAAUGAGCCAAGAUUGGCUAGAUGGCAUAACUUGAAGAAAUUGAGCACGGAGGAUAUGUUGUUCAAAAUAGAUACUGCUGCUGAAAAUUUUCAAUGGCGCCCUUACGCAACUGCUGUGAGCAAUAGGAUGAUUGACAUGGAUAAUGGACAUUGGGAAUUGGUCAAUUCGAACUUAGAUAAGGAUAUAGAGGGGCUCGUUCGGUGCUUGAGGACGAGUGAGCUUGUUAGCCUGGAAGCUGGUUGUAUAGAGCAGUAUCUGCCCCAUCGUGUGGCCAUGCAAUUCGGAAUGGAUCAGGACCUUCCAGGUCAUGUAGGCCGAGUUAAUGUGAAUCCUGCAAUUGCUUGGAGUAAUUACAGUCGACCAAUCAGAGAUGUGAAACUUUACAUUCCACCUCGCCCUUCUGAGCCACAGGUUACCACCCGGUACUUGAAAUGGUGGAAAAAACUAGUUCUUGGCUGGAGUGGUGUAACUGAGCCUGACACAGAUGGAAACAAUGCUUUUGAAGAUUUGAAAGUAAAAGUAAAGGAGGGCUUAUUCAAAGGGAAAUUAGAAGACGACAUUGUUCCUCCACCUCCCGGCUUUGCUCCAAAGUGGAAGAGAGUGGAAUCAGGUGAUUCAGGAGACUCAGAGCAAUUCCAGAAUGCCAAUUUCGUCACUCAUGAAGCCCCUUUCCGAAGCCCUUUAUCUUCUACUGCAGAUAAUGUUGCUGAGGUUGGUUUGUCUGGAAAAAGUAGUUCUAAGUGUUCGAAAAGGAAAUUUGAAGAAAGCUCAUCCUGGAAGACUUCAGACUGUAAUGCCCGUAAUCCUCCUUCAAAGCAUAGUCAGAUGAAAGCAUCUGAUUUGGGCAUUGAAAUAGAAAAUAUAGUAGUUGAAGUGUCCAGCAGUGGAAGUUACGGUAAGGAUCAGUCUCAAGACGUUGCUCAAGGAAAAAAUCAUUUCUCCCCCGCAGCAAACAACAGAAAUCAUCAGGAGGUAACGUUAUUGGUUGAAUCUACAGAGUCUGAAGCCAAGGGCACACUGGCAAAAGAAGCAUCAGAAGGACGGAUGGAUGAAGUGGAUAUGAAUACUGGUGUCAGCCCGAAUCAAGUCCGGAGCAGCACAUCUGAAGCAACUGAAUUAGAACUUGAAGAAAGGAUCAGGACUGUUGAAAAGCUGUGUGCUUGGUUAGAAGCAGGAAAAUUGGUGUGCCUCUGAUAAAAAAUCCGAACAAUCUAUAGAAAACAAUGGACACUAUAUUUUGAUGCAUCUGGUGCUGAUUAGAGGAAGAGAGGUUGGCUUUUGAUUCAGUCUGUAACUUAAGACAGUUUCUCCUUCCUCGUUCUCUGUGUUGUUAACAAUCUUUGGGGCAUUACUGC